AUGGCGAAUAUGGAGGGGUUUUUCUACGGGUAUAACGUCAUAUUUUAAUCUUUACGCAAUUUUGAAAGCUUUUUAGAUUCAGUGGUGUUUAAAGUUGUACAUUUCGGGCACGGUUAGUUCAUUUAACGGCGGGCGCUACUUGUAUUUCACACUAACGGAAGCUAAUGGGAAAUUAAAUGUUGUUGUUACUCUAGCUAGCUACAUUAGCAUAAUAGCAGGAGACAUGAAGGUGCCUCGUUAGCAACGAAAUGACCAAUACAUUAAUUGUUUUAAUGAUUGAGUAAAAGGACUCUGUCACACUUCAUCUGAAGUCAUGGCUUUACAAAACUUGGUUUUUGUCAUCGAUGUGGAUUAUGGAGAUCACGAGUCAGGAGAGCAACUGGAUGUCAACAAUCAUCUGGUGAAACGAGGAAUAUUACAAACUCUGCUGCAUUUCGGAUACAAAUAUGGAUUUGACAAAGUGCGCUGGGGUUAUAAAUUCUUUCAAUCCAAGACUGGCCGCAAUGCAAGCCUCAUAUCAAGGGGGUCAGACUUCAAGGAACUCCGCCACAAGACUUUUGAGGACUUUGAAAUAGAGUUUGAAGCCAAGUUUGACGUGAAGGAUAAAUGUUGUCUGUCGCAGCAGAAGCAGAAAUCCAAUCAUUCUGCCUCUGUUCACAAUGCACUCAAAGAAACCCUGCUGGACUUCCAAUGGGACAGACCAGACAUCACCUCUCCCACAAAGCUGUCUCUCAGGCCGAGGAAGUCGAUCCAGGCUGGAAAGCCCAGUGUUUCACAGGAGGAUGAGAUUUCCAGCAACGGGAGGAAUUUGGUGUUUGUUGUUUCGGAAUGUCCACGAUCCAGGUCACAAUUUGUGGAUUAUCUUUCUCUGGGAAACAAGGACCUUCCAACAGAUGUGACGGAACACAUAUUACCCAGAGGCCUGUACGACAUGCUGGUUCAGCGACAGGUUGUGCUGCACUGGAUUGACAGUAGAUCUCAUCUCCAGGUCAUGAGGUGUGAGGAUCACAUUGGCGCUGACAAGCUGUCCGAGGUCCUCGCUCAGCUGGGUGGCAGAGUGAUCCCUGUGAUUGCUCUGUUGAACCUCUGCUACACUCAAAAGGAAGACUCAGGCUUCAGCAGACAGACCUUUGCAUUCAAGUCCAACGUUGGAUACCUACUGUCUUCUGAAAGGCUCCACCGCCUGGCUUUUCCCGUCACAGGUGGUGUUAUGCAGUGGGAGCAAGGUGACUUGACACAGAGUUGUGGCGUCAUGAUUGAGCCAGUGUCUCGCAGACACCGGCUUCUCCCAGAGUGGGUGGAAGUGUGUCUGAAAGCAGUUCUGCAGGACUGGGAUGCCUCUUCACUGACGCAGACCUCCACAGAGUCGUGGCUGCUUCAGUGCUCAAGCGGCAGUGAGGAGCAGGGAGCUGCUGCUGCCCUCCAGCACCUCCUGAUGGAGCUGUCGUCUCGUGCUCUGCACAUGCUGUCCGAAGUGAAAGACAGCGGCCUGGUGUAUUCGGCUGUCCUCUCCCCCUUGUCUCACACUACAGCUCUGCUCACCAUUCUCCAGUCUGGAGUCGCCCAGAACGAGCAGAUCCUAACCAGUGAAAUCAUUGCCCCUGCCACAGCAGAAACCUUGGCUGAACUGCCCGAUGUUGUGAGCAGUGUCCUGGGUGUAGUGUAUGACAUCAUGGCGGAGGAUUGUGACACUGUUGAGGACCUACCUGAGGAUCAUAAGGUACCUGAGUGGGCUCAGCAGGAAGUCAGCCAUUGCCCGCUGACAACAGGCGUGUUGGAGUGUUGGUUCCCUCAGUCAGACCAGUCGGGAGUGAGUUCCCAUUUAAUGGAGUCGAUGAGGUUGCUGGAUGCAGUGCCAGAGCCAAAAGAAGAGGGGGAGUUGUCUGUCGUACAGCAGGAGCUGAUCGGUGGUCUGGCUGACUUGUAUCAAACAUCCAGGGGGGCAGAUGCCAAGAGGGGCAAGAAGAAACGUGGCGCCCAGCGUACACCGGUGAAGCAGAAGAUGAAGACCAUGAGCCGCUCUCUGCAGAUGCUGAAUGUGGCACGGCUGAAUGUCAAAGCCCAAAAGGAUCAGGCAGAGGAGGAGCAGCUGGGGGCCGAGGGAAAGGGCUCUGACAGACAGGGGAAGAGAAGGACCAGUAACAGGAACAAAUCUGGAGGAGUGAACACCAUCACUUUCACUAGUGAGGAGGAGCUGCUGUCCCAUCUGAAGAGCAGUUACGAGAAGGCUUUGGCAGAGAGAGACUCGUCCCUUCUCACCGGUGUCCAGCAGCUCCUGUUUGCUGUGAAAUCCUUCUUUGGGACAGGGUCCGACCUGGAGGUAAAGACCUCUCAGAUUGUCCAGCAGCAUCUCCUCAAGACCAGCAAAUCCAUCCGACAGCUGUAUAGCACGGCUGCUGAUGUUGACAGCAAAAUCAUAGAGUGCAAGCUGCAGGCGUUACUGAGGCUGGAGUUAUGCAGACUUUUCUCAGCGAAGCAGUCUGACUCACUGGAUGUUGAUCAGAUGGCAGAGGAGGUGGCUGACAUGCUCAGGAUAAUCUCCCUUACUAAAGACGCAGUUGUCGUAGAGAGGUUCCUUGGAGACGAAGUCCUGCCGGGGUUCCUGACCGCUGUCCCCAGAGUGCUGGCAGACGUCUACCACAGUCUGGGCACUCAGCUCCCCGAGGCUCUGGUGGCUUCUCUGCCUGCGGACUUCUUCAGCGACGAGUCGGUUACUAAGGACAGCGUCUCUCCUUCGGCCUCCUCCCCUCCCCUCUCCACACACAGCCUGCUUUCAGAUAGCAGAGAUCACCUGCAGAGCCUGAGAAAUCGCUCCCCCGGCAAGAGGAGGAGUGGGAUGCUGACUCGUCACCGCAGUAUGACUGAAUCCUCACAGAGUCUUCGCCAAAUAGAGAUCCCCAAAAGGACGACAAGAGCUGACCCCGAUCACAUGUCCAAAUCAAAGGUCUGCGUUGCUUUGGAGAAACCUGCUGCACAACCUCCAGCUCCACCUCAGAAACAAGAAACACAAGAGGUGACGAAGGUGAGAAGAAACCUGUUCAAUCAGGAGAUGGUUUCCCCCUCAAAGAAAGCCAAGCUGCCGAGGAGCAAGUCUGUGUCUGCAGUGGAAGGAUUGAAACGCAAACGAUCUGCAGAAUCUGAAGAGCGCCACAAACUUAUGACAAAGAAAGUGUGUGAAACACCGCACCACAAGCAAGGGUCAAACCGCCUCCUAUACCGGCAGAAAAUGGGACGGAGAUCUGUCCCAUCUGAGGAGUGCAUUGUGGAAGAGUCGCCUGUAAAACCUGCAGAUGACCUAAGAAGGAGCCCAAGGAUAAAGAAGUUUGCUCAACGACAGUCGAACGUCUUCUACUCCAGUUCUCAACCUCGCUCCCGUAACCUGGAAAGAGCUCUCUCUGCCUCCCAGCUUUCUCUCAGCGAUGGAAAGAUCAGUGGAAUAAAUGUGAAGGCGGUUCGAUCCCCGAUGAGACUUCUGUUCGGGGCGGUUGCGUCCUCCAGUCGUCUAUCUGACCAGCCGACUGCAACCAGGGCCACCAGGUCCCGCCUGUACACAGAUUCUAGUGUCUUUGAGAGUCCAAAUAAAACGCCGACUAAGUCACCUGGUAAACAUGGGAAGACCACGCAUGGGAACACGACACCCAGAACUCCUAAGACCCCUCGAACCCCAGGAUCCCUCAGAACCCCACCUCGAUUCAGGAUGCUUGUUUCCCCUGCUGCACAGAGCCCUGUAGCAGGCAGCUCUCGGGAAGUGGGUAUGGCUCUGAGAGGCAGUCCUUUCAGAUCUCCAGCCAAACAGACUCUGGUGUUAGAGAGCCCGCUGAGGAGCCCGCUGAGGAGCCCGCUGAAGGGUAUUCUCAGGACUCCGAUCAAGACCAUGGGUGAAUCUUCUUCCGGGUUGCAUCUUCUGAAUAGCCCAAUUUACCAUACUCCCAAGAAAAGCGUCACAUGGUCUCCAUCUCCUCGAAAAUGUAGAGUGGCAGAGACCAAUGGUACCUUCAAGGUGCCCGAGUCGCCUAGCGUUGCAUCUCGCUCUUCUCCGAGACUGGGCAACACACCGAACAUGUUCUGCAGUCCGGUCAAAAGCACAAACACUAAAAGAGACAUUUUUAAGACUCCAGAAAUGAACUGUCAGGUGAGCCUGGUAAGGAUGUCUGAAAGUCCAAGUAAAGUACUUUUGAUGUCCUCUGAAAAACCGAACAGGAUGAAAACACCUGGAAAAGUAAUGCCUCCUCCACAAUCCACACCACCUCAAAACCGCGACGCAUCACCAAAACCCAACACUAGAACUCAAUCCAAGAGUCCUAGUCCGAAUCACAUGGUGACUCGUUCUGGACGAACUCCAGCCAAACAUUUAAACAUUUCAUCUCCAUGUAAGCCGGUCUUUGCACCAGCAGAAGGUACUACCAUUUCAGAAGGACCAGACACGUCAGGAAAGUGUCCAGUAGAGUCCUUCAGAAUCCCCAGACACAACCUGAGAUCCAAGUCUGGUGAGAAUCUUACCUCGACACUAAACUGUGAGCUUGUGUUAAAGGACAUGCAGUCCGAUAUAAAUGAGGAGGUAGAAGCAGAACCUUCACGAACCUCUGUAACGGACUCUAGUCCCCACGCAGAUUCACAGCAGCUCGACUCUUCACGUUUUAACUUGGCAUCCACAGACGAUGAGAGUAUAGAAAUCGUCGAUGCUGCAGUGGUCAAGACUCAGUUCAGUGGAGGCAUCAAGAUGCACAUCAGCUUUUCACGAAAGCCCUCAAAGUCCGGGGAAGACUUUUUGUCCAACAUGUCGUCUCCUAAAUCACGUCCGGUUACACCGAGCCAGAGUUACGGUUUCCGGCAGACCCCCGACCGCCAACAGAGGGAAGCUGCAGCUCGUUUGGGCUACGGAAAUGAAUCCGCUCGAAUUUCAACCCCAAGAGGUCCAUCAAAACAUAAUCGUCAAAAGAGCACGGGCACUCCCAACCCUAAGACUUACCAGGUAGAAAUGGAAAUGCAAACAUCGGGACUUCCUAAGCUCAAAUUCAAACGCACAGACUCCAUGAAUGCGGGCGAAUCGGCCUCAGAUGGAGGCCCUCGAUCAGGAGCUUGGAGCCCCAUAGUCGGUGUGAAACCUCCCCAGCUGGAUAGCACCUUGGCUUUGUUCUCUAAGCACAGAGAUCCGGGAUGUGUCUCACCCUCGCUCUGUACUCAUGUCACCCCGGCAAAGAGCACGCCUGGAAAAGGUGGAAGCGUCCAAACGUUCAUUUGUCAGUCCUACACCCCGACACGCUAUCCUGGGGGGACAAUGUCUCCAAUGGCAAUGGCAGACAUAAUUCCCCUCACUCCUUCACCACAGAGCGGAGGUAGAGUCACUCCAGACAACUUGAACAGCUGGCCCCGCAGGAAGAGAGCUCAGGUUGGGGUGGGUGGAGGCAAAGAUCGGAGCCUGAAGAUGGAGCCUAUGCUGGCGGAGUUGAUAGAGGAAGCUGAGCUCGGAGUUAGCAGACUGCAGGACGUUGAAGACACGGAUGAGCCGCCAAACGACGAUUUGACCUCCAGACUGUCGCCCCUAGCUGGAGCAGAUACCUCUCCUCUGUCUCCGAUGGAAGGCUUGUGCUGGAUUGAGAAGCUGGCUGGUGCUGAUCCUCAGAGAGACGACGAAGACAUCCUCUGGGCCACUGGGACGGGAGAUGUCAAGUCAGUAGCGACUCCCCCCAGCUCCACGGCGAGGAAGCCGGUGACGGCGAGUGGGAUUCUGGCCCUCACUCACUCUCCGCUGUUGUUCAAGGGCAAAGCAGGCUCUGCUAGUAAGAGGACACCAAACUGUAAAGAUGAAGCAGCAUCAGGGAGGAGGAUAGAGGUUGAAGCAGUGGAGGUUUCUCCCUUCAGCCAGCCCAUCAGACAUUCAAACACAGGACGGUCCUACAGCAGGAAGAGGCUGCUGCACUGAGCCUCAGAACCGUCUGGAAGCAAAGCAGAACAUCGUCCGUUCUGUUUCACUGUGAACUUAUGAGCCUUUGUCUGCGAGCGCUUUUGAUGGCAGAUCUGAAGGAUGUCUUUCAAGCGCCACUUGAAAGGCAAGAGCAUGAAUGUCCCUCUCUGUCUCCACUAACACUUUCCACCCUCAUAUUUUCUGUCCUAACCAGAUGUUUCUGUUUCAAUCAGGAGAUUUUAAGAUGAUAGAUAUGUUUAGCUGUGAGUUGUAAAGCUAACGGUUCUUCAAGAUGUUUAAAAUUGUUCCUAUUAAUGAUUUUAUCAAAGUCCAAGUCUCUCUGAAGCUGAAAUGGUGAUGUUAUGUCAUCAGUGUUUUUUUUAAUAAGCAAUUUUACAAUCAAGUCUAAAGCCCAAAUGUGUUGCUAUGAAUAUUCAUGUUUAUUUAUUAGUUUGUCUUUGUCAUGAUCUUGGUUUUUAUGUGAAAGGUAAGUGCCUGAUGAUUGAUGGGUAUUGUAUUGUAAAUAUCUCAUGUUGCAAAUACUUUAUGUAAAUAAAAAUCUGUUUUCUUAAUUAA